AUGUCCCUCACACUUUAUGCUUUACUGGCCGCCUUGGUAGCCGUGGCUGCCUACAGCCUACGUAAUGUCGGUCGAAGGCCAGCAGACUACCCCCCAGGGCCACCUACACUGCCAAUCAUUGGAAACCUACAUCUGAUGCCAAAGGAGAAGCCGCAUCUCCAGUUCCAGAAGUGGGCUGAGGAAUAUGGACCAGUGUACUCACUCAUCCUCGGUACAAAGGUCAUGAUCGUACUGUCGUCGGAUCAAGCUGUAAAGGAUCUGCUGGAUAAGCGGAGCAGUAUCUACUCAUCACGUCCGGAUCUGUAUCUUGGUCAGAUCGCCAGUGGUGCGUCUGAAGGGGGCGGUGGAUUGCGCAUGCUUUUCAUGCCAUACGGAGACACAUGGCGCAUGAUUCGGAAAAUUGUCCACAACAACCUCAACAUCAAGGCGGCCAGGACAUACGUACCAUACCAGGAGUUGGAGAACAAGGCCAUGCUCGUCGGAUUCUUGGAGACUCCAGAUCUCUUCACUGAUCAUAUCCGUCGAUAUACCAACUCGUUGACUACGCAAAUGAUAUUUGGUUUCCGGACUACAAGCAUCGACGACCCCAAGUUGAAGCAGCUAUACUCGGGAUUUGAGAAGUUCUCAGAAGUCUCGGGCAAGACAACGGCAGCCCUUCUCGAUCUAUUUCCCGUACUCCGAGCAUUACCUGACUGGGCGCUUCCUCUGCGGAGAUAUGCGAAGAAACUCCACGAGAAGGAGCGUGAGCUGUACAUUGGCCAUUGGCUAAACGUGAAGAAAGCCAUCAAGAACGGAACUGCGAAACCAUGUUUUUGCCUCGAUUUGGUGCGCGCCCAAGACGAAGAGAACUUUUCAGAUGCGCUCGCUGGCUACGUGAGCGGUUCUUUGCUCGAGGCAGGAUCGGACACCACGGCCGCAACGCUCAUUGGUUUCGUCCAAGCAAUGAUUCUCUUCCCAGAAGUAGCUCAAAUCGCCCGCUCAGAACUCGACCGCGUUUGCGGCACCCGCUUCCCCAGUCUCGACGACUUGCCAAAUUUGCCCUACAUCCGCGGCUGCGUUAAGGAAAGCAUGCGCUGGAUGCCCACCGCCAUCCUGGGCGUCCCCCACGCAGUCAUCCGCGACGACGAAUACAUGGGCUAUAAAAUCCCCAAGAACGCAGGUGUAAUGUGGAACGUUUGGACUAUCCACAAUGACCCCAAACGGCAUCCUGAUCCCCGCCGCUUCGACCCCCAGCGCUACUCUCACGACACGCAAACUGCAGCCGAAGCAGCGAAUAACUCCGAUGCGGCGAAACGCGAUCAUUUCCUUUUUGGGGCGGGACGACGGUUGUGUCAGGGUAUGCAUAUUGCUGAGCGGUCGCUCUUCUUAGCUAUUUCGAGGCUGCUUUGGGCGUUUGAGUUUGAACCGGGGAAAAGUGAGGAUGGGGAGGUUAUGUUGCCGGAUGCUAAUGAUUUGACGGAGGGGUUUUUGGUUCAACCGAAACCGUUUUUGGCAAGUAUUGUGCCGAGGGAUGAGGAGAAGGCGAGGGUGGUUAGAGAGGAGUGGGGCAGGAUGGGUGGUUUGCUGGACGAGGAGUUGCAGUGGAAGGUCUUGCCUGAGGGGCUUAUCUGGAAAGAGUACGACAAUGCUGCGAAAACGGCAUGA